GCGCCGAGGCUGCCCGUCCCCGCGCCCCCGCCUCCCCCUGCCCGGGCGCUGAGGCGGUUCGUUUCCCCCCCCCCGGUGAAGCCCCCCGGCCCGCUCGCACGCAGGGAGGCAGCGUGUGGUGGUGGGGGCUGCUCCGCCGCCGCAGGAUGCGCGGCGCUGCCGCGGGACGCCGGUUUAAACAGCAGUUCUGGGAGAGGAAGUCCCUGGCAAGGAUGCCAGUAACAAGCAGCUGGACAUGAUCUUUUCUGGCUUUGAAUAGCCAUGCUACUAUAUUGCCAAAAAUCAAGUGAAGCGAAUGUGUUUGUUUAUUCUUCGCUUGAAUUUGAAGAAGGUGGUAGCUUCAUAUAGUGCCUGAAGUUUCUAGAUGAUUUUAAUGGUGGAAGUUACAAAGUUCAGAAACCUACAGAAAUCAUCAUGAAGCUAUAUGUAUUUCUGGUCAACACUGGAACUACCCUUACCUUUGACACAGAACUUGCUGUACAAAAUGUGGCUGAUCUGAAACAUGCAAUUCAAACUAAGUACAAGAUUGCCAUUCAGCACCAAGUACUGGUUGUCAAUGGAGGAGAGUGUAUGGCACCAGAUAGAAGAGUGUGUAGUUACAGUGCUGGAACAGAUACCAACCCAAUUUUUUUAUUCAACAAAGAAAUGAUCUUGUGUGAACGUCCACCAGCUAUCCCCAAAACCACAUUUUCAGCAGAGAAUGAGAUGGAAUUGAAAGUAGAAGAAUCUCUAAUGAUGCCUGCAGUGUUUCAUACGGUAGCAUCACGGACACAACUUGCUGUGGAAAUGUAUGAGGUUGCUAAGAAGCUUUGCUCCUUUUGUGAAGGUCUUGUACAUGAUGAACAUCUUCAGCAUCAAGGCUGGGCUGCCAUAAUGGCCAACUUGGAAGAUUGUACAUACUCUUACCAAAAACUGCUUUUCAAGUUUGAAAAUGUAUAUUCAAGCUAUUUGCAGUCCAUAGAUGAUAUCAAGUUGAAACUUACACACUUGGGUUCCGCUGUUUCUAUUAUGGCCAAGAUACCACUGCUGGAGUGCCUAACAAGACGUAGUUACAGAGAGUGUUUAGGAAGACUGGAUUCUUCAGCUGAGCAUAAAGGGGAAGAAAGUGAAGAAACUGAGGAUGGGAAAUCUCCUGAAUUGGUGCUUUGUUCUGAUAUAUCUAAAGUGAACAAUAAAUCAAUGUUAGCCUCAUUUUGCAAGUCAGUUGAACGUACAGCUUUGGAACGCAGAGAUCCUGAAAAUGUAGAAGAUAAGGAAUCUGAUCAAAAUGCUGCUGUCCAGGACAAUGAAACAUCGGUAGAAUUGAAAGAUGAUGAUCAGCCUUCCUUCAAUGUUUCUUUGUUAGACUGGAUAAAUGCUCAAGACAGACCUAAUGAUGUUGAAUCUCUGGUCAGAAAAUGUUUUGAUUCUAUGAGCAGGCUUGAUCCAAGGAUCAUCCAGCCAUUUCUGGCAGAAUGUCGACAAACUAUUGCCAAACUAGAUAAUCAGAACAUGAAGGCUAUUAAAGGCCUUGAGGAUAGACUCUAUGCAUUGGACCAGAUGAUAGCAAGCUGCAGCAGACUGGUAAAUGAACAAAAAGAACUUGCUCAGGGAUUUUUGGCUAAUCAGAAAAGAGCUGAGAACUUGAAAGAUCCUUCUGUGCUUCCUGAUUUGUGUUUGAGUCAUGCAAAUCAGCUAAUGAUUAUGUUAACCAAUCACAGAAAACUGUUAGAUAUUAAACAGAAAUGUACCACUGCCAAACAGGAGCUUGCAAAUAAUCUACAAGUCAGACUCAAGUGGUGUUGUUUUGUAAUGCUUCAUGCUGACCAAGAUGGAGAGAAACUACAAGCAUUGCUUCGUCUUGUAACAGAGCUGCUAGAAAGGGUCAAGGUUGUAGAAGCUCUCAGUACUGUUCCUCAAAUGUACUGUCUAGCUGUUGUUGAGGUUGUGAGGAGGAAAAUGUUCAUAAAACACUACAGGGAGUGGGCUGGUGCUUUAAUAAAAGAUGGGAAACACCUAUACGAAGCUGAGAAGGCAAAAAGGGAAUCUUUUGGUAAACUGUUCAGGAAGUCUUUCCUAAGGAAUCGUUUGUUUAGAGGACUUGAUUCCUGGCCUCCAUCGUUUUGUACACGAAAACCUCGAAGAUUUGACAAUGAACUUCCAGAUAUCUCAUUAAGUGACUUGCAGUUUUUGCAAUCUUUUUGCCCUUCAGAAGUACAGCCAUUACUCAGGGUUCCCAUACUUUGUGACUUUGAACCUCUUCACCAGCAUGUACGUGCUCUGCAUAACCUGGUAAAGGCAGCACAGAGUUUGGAUGAAAUGUCACAAACCAUUACAGACCUGCUGAAUGAACAAAAGGCCUCCAAUAGUCAAGCAUCGCCACAAUCUGCUACCACACCAAGAAUAGAAAGUACAACAGGAACUGCAAUUGCUACCUCUUCAAGAACUCCUCCAUCACUGAGUCUUCAGGGUCCCCUGUGUCCUCCUGUGUGUCCCCCAGUUCCAUUAGAAGAAUUGUCUCCAGACAGCAUUGAUGCACAUACAUUUGAUUUUGAAACUAUUGCCCAUCCAAACUUGGAGCAAGUUCUUAAGCAAGGAUCAUUAGACUUGGAUUCAUUAGCAGAAAGUCCAGAAUCUGACUUUAUGUCAGCAGUAAAUGAAUUUGUAAUAGAAGAAAAUCCAGUAUCUCCUAAUGUAAUAAGUGACCCACAAAGUCCAGAAAUGAUGGUGGAAUCUCUUUAUUCUUCAGUUAUCAAUGCAAUAGACAGUAGACGUAUGCAAGAUACAAUUUCUUGUGUAAAGGACGUUUCAGUAGAAAAUGCAUCCCUCAGUGCUUGUAUGGAGAAAUGUAAAUUUAUUGCCCAAGAUUCAAAGGUACAUUUAAGAGGUAUAAAAGAAGAUCUUUGCCACUUUAGAACACUUGUACAAAGAGAACAGUGUGACUUUUCUAAUUCUUUAAAAUGCACUUCGUUAGAAAUAGUAAGUACUAUUGAGAAAGUAAAACUUUCACUUGAAGAAACACUAAAAGAUAAACAUCAAAAAGAAUUGCAGUCUUUGAAAAGUGAAUAUGAAACUAAAAUUAAUAAAUUAGUGGAGGAUAGUGAAGAAAGUAAAAAGAAGAUUAAAAAGUUAAAAGGGGACUUAUUAGGCCUUGAGGAAGUUCUUCAAAAUAAGAAUGAUGAAUUUGCAAUCGUGAAAAAUGAGAAAGAAGCUGUAGUUUGCCUUCAGAAUGAAAAAGACCAGAAAUUACUUGAAUUGGAAUGCCAAAUGGAGACACAAAAUUGUGAAAUUAAGGAACUGAGACAGUCACGCGAGAUAGUACUUGAAGACUUGAAAAAACUUCAUGUUGAAAACAAUGAAAAACUACAACUCCUGAGGGCAGAACUUGAGAGUUUGGAGCAAAGCCAUUUAAAAGAACUGGAAAACAACCUACAAGCCAAGCAUUUACAGGAAUUUGAGAAGGUGCUAGCUGAGCACGAGGACUGUUUAGAUAAAUUAAAAAAAGAGAACCAGCAUAGACUUGAACAAAUGCAGGAAUCUCAUGCUGUAGUUAUGCAAGAGAAACAAAAACAAGUAGAAGAGUUACAAAUCAAGGUUUCAGAUCUGUCUGAUUUGAGGUGCAAAUUAGAAGUUGAACUUGCCCUGAAAGAAGCAGAAACUGAUGAAAUGAAGCUUCUUUUGGAAGAAAGCAGAAACCAGCAACAAGAGACACUAAAAUUUCAGAUUGAGAAGGAAACUGAAAACUUAAAAAAGGAGAUAGAUAAAUUAAACAAUAAAAUACAAAUUAACAGUGAUGAAUAUCAAGUGGGCCUGUCAGAACUAAGGACUCUCAUGACGAUUGAGAAAGAUCAGUGCAUUUCUGAGCUAGUAAACAGAUAUGAAGAAGAAUCAAAUUUGCUUAGAACUGAACUAAAUAAAGUAACAAUUCUUCAUCAGAAAACUUCUGAGGCAGAAAAAAGACUUUCAGUGCAAAUAACAGAACUACAAAGUAAGUUAGAGUUGGAAGUGAAUGCCCUAGAAAAGGAAAAAACGGAAAAAUUGUCCCUCUGUGAGCAGCAGGAAAAAUAUGAAGCUGUUAUCCGCAAGCUUAAGGAAGAGAAUGAACUGUUAGUAUCUAACCAAGAACAAGACAGGCAGUUGCUCAUUCAGAAGCUCAGUUGUGAAAAAGAGGAUGCAGUACGAACUGCUUGUAAAGAGAUUGAGUUACAGAGGAAAGCUGCUGAAAAAGGGCUUUUGGAAAAAAUACAACAACUUGAGAUGCAAGUAACUCAGAGUCCUCCCACUGAAUCAUCUGCUGAAUCAAGUUUGGUUGCUGAACUUCAAGAGAAGCUUCAGGAAGAAAAAAUGAAGUUCUUGGAGCAACUUGAAGAACAAGAGAAAAGAAAGAAUGAAGAAAUGCAGAACAUCAGAACUUCACUUACUGCAGAACAGCAGACUAACUUUAACACUGUUCUGGCAAGAGAGAAAAUGAAAAAAGAAAAUAUAAUUAAUGAUCUUAGCGACAGAUUAAAAAUGCUUACACAACAGCAGGAAAAAGAUAAGGAUUUGAUAGAAACACUUUCUGAAGAUCGAGCUCGCUUACUUGAAGAGAAGAAGAAACUUGAAGAAGAAGUUAAUAAACUGAGAAGUAGUAAUUUUUCUCCAUCAACCUAUUCAGCAGCAGCUUCAGAAGUUUGUGGAGCCUGUGCAGCUGAUUUUCCCACUGACACAGAAAGAUUAGUUUCCGACAUUGCCGCUGAAGGGAGAAUGGACUCCACAAUGGAAACCAGUAUGAUGGCUGUGCAUGAGAAUGUUCAUAUGUCUGAAGAAAAACAGAGGAUAAUAUUGUUAGAAAGAACUUUGCAGUUAAAAGAAGAGGAAAAUAAGAGAUUAAAUCAGAGAUUGAUGUCCCAGAGCAUGUCAUCGGUAUCUUCAAGACAUUCUGAAAAAAUAGCAAUUAGAGAUUUUCAGGUUGGUGAUUUGGUUCUCAUUAUCUUGGAUGAAAGACAUGACAACUAUGUACUAUUUACUGUUAGUCCAACCUUGUAUUUCUUGCACUCGGAAUCUCUUGCUGCACUGGAUCUCAAACCAGGUGAGUGUGCUUCAGGUGCAUCUAGGAGACCUUGGGUGCUAGGAAAAGUGAUGGAAAAGGAGUACUGUCAGGCAAAAAAGGCACAAAACAGAUUUAAAGUUCCUUUGGGUACAAAAUUCUACAGAGUGAAAGCAGUACCAUGGAACAAGAAAGUAUAACACAAUAAAAUUUUAGUUCAUUCUGUCUCCAUUCUUUUUGACUUGUCCUUCAGUGCUCGUUCAUUGCUCCAAAUACCAGGCCAUCUUUUUAUACCGAGGUCAUGUGACAAGGGACGUCAUUGAUGUACUGCUUUUACUUUUUAACAGGUCACAUUUUAGAAACGAGGAUUUCAUCAAAAACUCUGGCCCUAACUGUUCCAAUUUUUUUACCCAGAUAACUUUAGGAGUGUGGACCAAAUGAGUUCAUUUUCUCAAAGGGCAACCACAUGAAACAUGGUUUGUUAGCCAUGUUAAUUGCCUGUUAAAUAUUCAUUAGCUUGUAUUUAGAUGUUAAAUGUUAGUUACCAUUAUUACCAGCAUAUGUCCUUUUGUGAAAUCAUUAUCAAAGUACUUGCACUCUUUAACAGAUUCUUUACAUGUGUAAAAUUCAUCAACUAUUUAAAGAGGAGUGUUCAUUGCAUGCAGAUAAUCAUAUAAUUUUUCUUCAACAUGUUUGCCUCAGUAGAUGAAUAAAAAUAACUACUGCAACUUGUUUCAUUACAUGAAAAUGCUCUUUAAUGUUAAAAAAACCCUUUGUCAUUUGAUAGACUGAUUUUGAAAAUCAGUCACAGUUAGAUCUGCAAUCUUCAAAAGCACUUUCGAUGGAUUGAUCACACAGAUUCUGAAGGGAAGACACCUGUGCAGUUUGUUCAAAGUGAAGCACUUGUUCUUCCCAACAAAGCAGAAAUCUUGUAUUAAUCUAUUUAGAAAAAUCAUAUUGAUGAAAUUGUAUUUCAUGGUUGAGUUUCAGGAAAAAACUCAUUGUACAUUAACCAUACAAGAGUCAUUUAAGUAACAAAUUAUUGUAAUUGUAAAAGACAUGUAGAAUUUUAAAACAAUAAAGAUUUGAAUCUGUAUGUGUUUGUAUUUGUGUGCCUUUUAAACACUAUCUAUAAUAUUUGUUUCAUGGUAAUCUGUUGCAGCGUGUCUCUGAUCCCUCCAGCGGUCUCAUUACGUAGCAAUACCUAAUUAUUAAUACUCAGUUAUUAAUACUCAGUGCCAUUCAGGAAUUACAAGAGUUACCCUGUAAUGAUAAAAAAGAAAUUAAGUGGAAAGGCAUUAAUUUUGUCAACAUGUUAAACAGAUAAAUGACACUUGAAAAUAAUUAUACUGGCUACAUCUUAAAAAUAUAGUCUUUCUUUUAUUUUUUUAAUAACAGUAUAAAAAUAUACUUAAAUAGGUAGCAAAUAGAAAGUAAGUCUAGGACUUAAUUCAUAGUUACUCAAUUGUGAUUUAUCUUCAGUGGGUGUGGAGUGGAGAAGAGAUAAGAAAUGGUCAGAUGAAAAUGUCAGUGCUCCUGCCCAUAUGGUGCAAAUUAUAUUCUCCUAGAGUAACCACUCCACUUGAAUACCCUGAAACUUCUGUAUGUGCUUUAUUUAAAAUUUUGUUUUGUAGUAAGUUUAAAUUCAGAUUUUUAUGACAUUCAUGGGCUUGUAAUUGUAUCACACCUUUUAUGAAAUAAAUCAAAGAAUACUCUCUCUGGAAAACAGAAUGUCAUUUUGUCAAGUUACAUUCUUAUCUAAUUGUUAAAUUUGCUAGUUGGUAUACUGAAUUUUUAGAACUAAUUAUUAAAUAAUGUGCCUUUUCUUUAAGAAUGAUAUUACCCUAGUUGAGUACUGCCCAGUGUCAAAUAUGUGAAUAACACAAAUCUAUGGAACAGGUUUAAACUAAAAGAAAAAGAAAUUGCAAUGCAAUAUUUUUAUCACUGUAUUUUUGAUCUUCAACUAAAUGGGAAUUUACUUUUGUGUGUGGUUUGGUGCUGUUUUGCUCCUUGAGUCCAGUGAGUCACAAGUGGCUUACGAAGGUGCAUGUGUAGAAUGAUUUGUGCUUUCUAAUAUACCAAGUGUUUAGAAGCCUUGAUGUCUUUGCCCCACUGACAAAACUUUCCCAGCCUCAGAUAAUCUCCCUACUGCUAUGAAUAUUACUUGUCCUUCUGGGACUAGUUAUCUCCCAGAAGCCACCAGGCUUAGCGAAGAGGAACACACUCCUUCCGUUUCUGGGAGGACAGUUAAUCCGUGAGUAGCAGCAGUGGAUCUGCGUAGCAACAUGCGAUCUAGCACUGCAACAUAAGACCCCACUCUUCUGUUAUUGGAGUUUACUUCAAAGAUAAGUAAAAGGACUCCCAGCAUUUUCUCCACAAAGGAUUCGUUUAUGAAGUUCUUUCAAAUCUGAUAAACCUCUGGAUUUGAUAAUGGCCCUACAUACUGUGCGCCUACAAGUAGCACUCCUUUUUGCGCAUAGAAAAAAUGUUUUUCCAAUACUCUAAUCUCAUUAAGUGCUGAGGCUUGUGUGUCUUGCUACUCUGUGUGGAUGACAUACCAUGAAGUUUGUUGAUGGCUCUGGGAUGGUGUCCUGAGCGCCUAAGUUGAGGUGAGUACAGAAUUCCAUGCUGGGAAUUAAAAAAAGCCCUAAAAAAUAUCUGAACUUUCUAGUUUAUUUAUUGUUGCCCGCAUUAAAAAAAAUACACACACACAUAUACGUGUGGAAAAGCUUAUGUGGACAGGAGCAGUGAUGAUUUAUGAUGCUGGGACAGUUGGCUUGAUUUCUAGCUUAGGAUGUAGAAAGGCAUGACUGACAUUUAUAUAACUCAAAACACUUUGAGAAAUAUAUAAAAGUGAACUUGUGAAGCACCUAAAUAAAUUGAUUAAAAUAAAGUACUGUAAUGCAAACUAUGAGGGAUGAAAAAGUCCUUCCCUGCUGAUAUCUGCCACUUAAAAGAAUACCAGGAUGUAUCUGUUAUUGUUACAUGACAUCAUAUUUUUAAAAUACAAACAACUAGCAAUGGCUUUAGUUUUUAUGAAUAUUUAUCAUGUGUUUCAUUUUAUCUUUAUGUAUAUUCAAAAUGAAAAUUCUGUCAAACAAACUCUGAACAUAUCCAGUAAUGAUUCUGAACAGUCAUUGAAAAAAAUGUAGUUUACAUAUUUUUGGUAUGUCACAGACUUACUAGUUCUUGAAACUAUGUUUGUUAUGCGCCACCUAUGUGUUUCAUCUUGCUCCAUAAUAAAACUUUGUAUAUAGCUAUAUAAUUUGGAUGAGGAGUGCGUAUUCAGAAGGGAUGAGGGGAAGAUGGAGGAUCAAUGUA